UCCGGUCGGACGUUCAGAUGCGCUCGUGUUGGAAUGAGGUACACAGCAGAGUUCGUGAUGUGUCUAUGAUUUAAGCAGGCGUUUUAACGGAGCAGUAUGAAGACUCCGGUGAGCGUCCUGCGGCUGCCCAGCGGACCAGAGCCCAACAGCCGCGGAUUCGACCCGAGCUCCCCCCGCUUCACCGCUCUGUGCUCCUCCUCCUCCUCUGAUGAUGAUGAUGAUGAUGAAGAGCAGCAGCGGCUGCGCUCGGAGCUGCGCCAGAGGUUUCUGUGGACUCUCUCACUGAUGAAGCACAAGCUGGUCCAGUUCGACAUGCACGAGAGAGUGCGCAUGCGCGCGAGGUUCGGCGCCUCGGACCUCGACGUGCUGCGCCUCCAGGUUUCUGAGCUGGAGACUCCUCUGGGGGUCCAAAGAGAGGCGCUCGUGAGGAGCCAAGAUGUGCUUGCAUGCUCUUUUGAACUGUGAGAGCCAUGCUGAUCCUCACCGCAAGAGCGCGCCACAAGAGUUGCGAUUAAAGUUGAG